UGUUGUAAGUUUAUUGGAUGCAAUUUUCGGAAUUUGGAGAGGAAAAUGGAUAAGUUUCUUAUUCAUCAAAUUAAAGAUUCCCAAGAGGAAAAUCAAAUAAAUAUUGAUUUUAAUGCUGAAAAUAUUGAGGUUGAGAUAGAUUCUCAAUUUGAAGAUGAUGAGGAGGAGGAGGAGGAUGGUGAUAACACUGAGAACCAUCAAAUAGUGCAUAAGAAAAGAAAACUCUAUAAGGCUAAAUUUAAUUGCAAAUGGCAAGAAUCGUUUUCUUGGAUCCGGUCAAACAAUGGUGUAGCUCACUGUAAGAUUUGUAAAAGAAAUAUUUCCGGUGGCAUAGUUCACUUAAAGAGGCAUGAAAAAACAAAGCGACAUUUAUCCAAAGUAAAAAUAGCUCAGUCAACCCCACAAUUGAUGAAUUUUCUCUCCUCGGAAUCCAAACCAACAAUAUCUGUAGACACAAAAAGAGCAGAAUUAAAAAUGAUUAUGUUCUUGGCAGAACAUAAUCUACCAUUUUUAAUCAUGGACCAUCUUCCAAAAUGUAUGGCAUCUGCAGGACAUGAUUCAAAUAUUUUAAAAAAUGUUAAAUGUGGUCGCACUAAAGCCACAAUGUAUUUACAAUCUUUCAAAGAUGAAUUUUCUAAAACUAUUUGUGAGCUUAUCAAGGGCCAAAAAUUUUCUAUAAUGAUUGAUGAGACAACAGUUAUAUCCACCAAAAAAUGUUUAGCACUUGUAAUCAGAUUUGCUAAUAAAAAAGCAAAUUGUGUAAAAGAUCAUUUUCUCGAUUUAAUUGAAAUUGAGCAGUGUACAGCUGAGGCAAUUACCAAUGAAAUUUUUAAUACAUUAAAAAAAUAUCAUUUGAAUGCUGCAGAUUUAAUAGGUUUUGCUGCUGAUAAUGCAGCUGUCAUGUCAGGUAAUAUUUCUGGGGUACAGGCACGAUUACGACAACAAAUUAAUCCAAAUCUUUUUGUAAUUGGGUGUGUCUGUCAUUCAAUGGCUUUAUGCUCAUCUGCCGCAGCUUCAAAACUGCCCAAACAAAUUGAAGAUUUUACCCGAGACUUGUACUCAUAUUUUUGUCAUAGUUCAAAACGUAUGAGUGAACUACAAAACUUUCAAGAGUUUAUUCAGCUUAAACCUAAGAAAUUAUUGCGCCCAAGUCAAACUAGAUGGUUGUCAUUAGAGCAGGUAGUAAAUAGAGUACUAGUAUUGUGGCCUACCUUAAUUCCGUUUUUCACCUUAGCAGCUGUAGAAGACAAUUUGCAAGCAGCAGCUACACUUUUAAAUUCACUUCUAAAUCCAAUAUAUAAAUUGUAUUUCUUAUUUUUAUCUUAUGUCUUAUCUUUAGUUAACAAAAUUAAUUUAGAAUUUCAAUCCGAGUCGCCCCAAUUGUUUGCACUAAAUUACAAAAUAAAUUCCCUGUUUAAAACCAUUACUAAAAACUUUAUGAAGAAAUCUUAUGUAGAUGAAUUUAACACUUUAAGAGCUAUUGACCCCUCAAAUCAAGCUGAAUAUUUACCUCUAAAUUCAAUAUAUGUAGGAGCAAAGAGUCAACUUCAUAUUGACGAGAAUACUCAAAUUAUCGAUGAAAAUUAUUUAAAUGAUUUUCGCAAAAAGUGUCUUGAUUAUUAUGUAGAAUUAAGUCAUCAAAUAAAAAAUCGUUUCACUAAUCUAACUGAGAGUUAUAAAAAUUUUGAAGUUUUAAACCCUGUCCUUGUUCUGAGCGGAACAGAAUCUAUAAUACCUCUUAUCAACCAGUUUCAAUUCAUUACUGAUUCUGAAAAAUUUGAAGAUAUUAGUAAUGAAUUUCGAAGUAUAUCUGAUUUACCAACUGAGAUAUGUGAAAAACUACAAUUAUUAGGAUUUGAAAAAUUUUGGUUCCAAAUUAUUAAUUUAAAAAAUGAGAUUAUUGAAAUAAUGUAUCCUCACUUAUCUCAGUUUAUAAGUGAUAUAUUGUGUUUUCCACAUUCUAGCGCAACAGUAGAGAGGAUAUUUUCUCAGCUCAAUUUAAUUAAAACCAAAACCCGCAAUACAUUAGGUAUUGAAAAUUGUAGCUAUUUAUUACAUUGCAAAGCUCUUUUGCAUAAAGGAAAUUGCAUAACAUGGUGUCCGUCACAAUCUAUGUUAAAAACCUGUAUAAAUUAUUCUUCAACUUCUAAAAAUGUAUGA